CCUGCGCAUGGUCAGGCGCUGGAAGCCCAGAGGAGCCGCCAAGGCUGCGCUGCCUGGCAGUGUCAACAGUGCAACGCGAGGCUGGACGUUGAACUCUGGAGAGGCGCUGGCAAAAUCCCUGCAAGAGCAGGGAAGGGCCCUCCUCAUCCGCCUCUCCCCGUCUCCUGCGGCGGGACCCGACAGAGGCCCGCGCUCGCCUGUCUCCUGGAGCUCCACCUGUUGUCGGGCUCAGUUGAGAAGGGAACUUCUGCGGCCUGUUUCGAGGGGUACCAGGAGGGAAGGCUCCGAAAGCGUCCGCGCCUUUCUCUCUCGGCGCGAUGCCCGUGGCGGGCGCUUUGAGGGCCAAAUUCCGCCGGCGGCGCAGCCCCGCGGAGGACAAGGUCUCCAUUCUCGAGCGGGAGGAACGGCGGGAAUUGGAGACCCCGACGGCUCCCGAAGGCCAGCCUGAAGAAGAGGAGUUGGCCGGCUGCGACUCCAAAACGGUGGCUUUUGCCACCCUCCCGGACAACUACCAGCCCCUCACUUGGGAUGGCGAGCAGCUGCCCCGGCCAAAGAAAACGGAGCGCGCAAGUAAGGCGCGCAAGAGGAGACUUAAGAAAUACGGCAAGAAUGUGGGCAAAGUGUUGCAGAAAGGAUGCAGCUAUAUGAUCCUUGGCCUGCAGGGUUUGGCCAGAGCCUACUCUUCACCACUUGGCUUGGCUGCUUGGACGGGUACAUCAGUGCGAUAAAUCUUACUACUUUUUGAGGGGGACAAGGAUGACGAAGACAACAACAGCAGCAACACAACCCAGGAGGACAGCAAUUUUUUCUUUGCUUAUAUAUGCUUCAUCUUCUUUAAAUGCCCCAGUUUGUCAAAGGAGGAAUAAAGAAAAUGGAUCCACUUGUGCGUUUUAUGUAAAACAUUUAGCUGUUUUCAAGUUUUCAUGAUUCUCAAAGUGCUUUAAUACCAAUCAAUUAAAAUGAACACAUAAUGCCAAAGGUACAAAACUAAUUAACUGGGUCAGAUUUAAACGUAUAAUACUCUUGGGAAAAUUAAUCAGUCCAUUCAAAAAACAGUGAAAAAAGGAAAAGAUAAAGGAUGGUGGGAGAGAGAGAAGGCAAAUGGAGAGAAGUUAAGGAAACAGAAGAGAAGUAAUUGCUUUUUUGGCAAGAACACUUUGCCAUCAAAAUGUUGGUUGAUGAUCUUAGAUACAAGCACUACAGCCUUCUCCAAAACAAUCAUGCUAGGAAAGGUUGUAAUAGCAUAGCAUCUGUAUGUUCAGCCAGAGGAGUAUUGUGAGAAAGACCAACUGAGAAGAAUUGAAGAAGAAGCAGCACUCCAAAAGAGAAAUCAAUUGCUCCCCAAAAAAACAUUAAGACAGAUAUGGUUCAUGAAUUUUUCAUAUAGUACCCAAUAUAGGCUUAAACUCUCCUUAUGAAGUGCAGAAACUUGCAGGUUCACUAUCUGGAAUGAACUGUCACCCAUGUAUUUUUUAAAAAAUCAAGUAGGGUAAUGGUGAAGAAGAUGGAGGAAAGACUGUGUAGCAGACUGAGGUAGCAAAUCAGGAGAAUGGUACCAAAAGAUCAGAAUGUGGGGCCCUUCAGUGUGUGUAUCUGGUCUAUAGUCCCCUCAACUCUAGCAGUUUCAGAGUCCACAUGAAUUGAGCAGAGAUACUGUAGACUGUAGGUUCAGUUUUCACCAUUCAGCAGAGAUUCUGGGCAAUCUGCUUCUUUAGAAGGGACAUAGGGGCAUUUUUCCUAAAGCAGCUUCUAUCCUCAUUGCUUUAAUGUAGUGGUGAAAAGUAUGCUUACCCUUCUAGGUGACUCGUGCCUUUGUUCUUUCGCAUUUGUAUUUCUGUAAGAUGCUCUAUUUGAGAAUUCUGGGAGUUGAAGUCCCCCCAUCUUAAAGUUGCCAAAGUUGAGAGACACUGAGCUAUUGGAAUAGAUUGCAUUUCUCUAGAACCUUCUAGUGAUACAAGAGACUCAACAGGCCAGCUCUGAAUUACCAGUCCAAAGUAAUUAUGCUGCUUGGGAAUCUACUGUACUUGCAGAGGAUCUAAGGUUUAGUUUCUAAGCAAAGGGGAAGAAAGCUCCUCUCUGCAGGGACUUCAAUUCACCCAAAAUUUCCAAGGAAAUGUCAAAUGUAUAUGCAUGCCAUGGAUAGCUCUGCUUCAUUGUUCAAGCUCUGGAGUUGUUGCAGCAGCAGCCCAAACCUCCUGCAUAGGAUUUUAUGUUGUCUGCCUAUAUAGGACAUUUAUAUUACAAUAAAAUCUAUCUUUCUGAGAUGGUCCAGAAACCAAAAAUAAGUAAUCAGAUGUAUAUCUCACUGGAAAAGUAUGAAGCUGGGCUAAUAGCCUGAAUAGAAUAGCCGUCUCAUCUAUGGAGAGGAAAGAUUCCAAUCUUUCUAUUAUCAAAUGAUAUGUUUCUGCUUAAAUAACAUUUAUUUCCAUGCUUUUUUUUUGCUUGCCUCUGUUUUCAGUAUAUGUUUCAGAAUUUAUUUUGUAUAACUGUUUUAAGGCUGUAUUGUGUUUCAAGUAGUUAAUAAACGUAUCUGUUAACAUAACAAAAUGAUUUACAAAGAAAAAUUAAAGACAUUUAACC